AUGUCAAUCUCUAUGAACGUCGGAAAAGCCAUGACGACCCCGCCUCCGAAAACAGUCGCCAUCAUCGGCGCCGCCGUCGCCGGUCCUACACUCGCCCUCCACCUCCUCACCCAUCCGGUCCUCCGCACUCACUUCCGUCCGAUCCUCUUCGACCAAUCUCCGCCCCCGGCCCCGAUCCCGACGUCCUCUUCCUCCCGUACCGGAGCGGAAUCGACACCAGGAUCGGCAUCCUCUCCUUCAACGACAUCCCGCCAGCAACGCGCCGGGGCCUCGGUGGGCCUCUUCUCAAACGGCCUCCAUCCCCUGUUCAACCUGGGACUCAGCGACGCCAUCAAGAAAUACGGCCAUGAAUGCGAUGACCUGGCCCUCUGGUCGAGCUCCUCAUCUGUGGACGAUCCCAAACUGACGCACAUUAAGAGUGCGAAAAACGGCUUCUGGUCACAUGAGUUCCAGCUGGGGGCUAUGUACUUUGAGCGAGCUGGUCUGCAAGCCCUCCUCGUUGACCGCGUACACGAUCUAGGGGGAGAAGUCAAGUGGAAUAAGAAGGCCGUCAACUUUGAGGCUGUCUCUGCUCAUGAUUCUGAGAUCAAAAGGACCCGGGUGGACUUUGCAGACGGGACUCACAUCGAGGUCGACCUCCUCGUCGGCGCAGACGGCGGCUACUCCCCCAUCCGCCGCCACAUAUUGAACCUGAGAAACCCGAAAGCAGCAGAGGAGAGGUGGUUGCCAGACUUCAUGGGCACGACGGGCAUCUACGGCAUCUCAUCCGCCGACAAAAUGCCGUCAACUCACACUCCGCAGCGGCCUUUCAACGAGUCACAUUGUGUCUUUCUCCCUGAAGGGUUUCUAGCCACCGGACCGUGUCCAGAGAAGAUGUUCAGAUGGGACUUGAUCCUCCCUGAAACCACACCACCAAAUCCAUCAACAGCAUCCGAUGACCCAGACUCCCCCGCAAAAGAAGCACCUUCAACGCCUGAGACGGAAGAUGAGAACACCGAGGAGCCAUGGCAAGCAGCGAUCGUCCCCGGCCAAUACUCCAAAUCCACAACAGCAAGCAUCCUCCGAUCUCACCUCCGCCUCAAACAUCCCUUCACCGGCGACUUCGAGACGAUGCUCAACACUUCAGAUCGAAUCAUCCAUACACCUCUACGUCAGCGCGUCUGGAAAGAAGACGAGAUCCAGUGGACUGGUGACGGAAACAUCGUGCUCAUCGGCGAUGCUGCGCGGUUGAUGCUUCCCACCAGUGGCCAGGGAACGGGAUUCGCCAUCGAAGAUGCGACUGUCCUCGCAAGCAUGCUGUUGAAGCACAACACUUCUUCAUCUACGUCAGAGAAAGCGACUUCCAAGCUGGACAACGACUUCAAAGCGGCCUUAGAGGAGUAUGCCAAGCUCAGAAGGCCCAGGUCUGAAAAGAUGGCCACGAUGGCGGCGUGGAUUGGCUCCGUGGGACUGGGCGCGACCUGGUAUAACCGUCUUUUGCGGUAUAGUUCCGCUAGACUCUCUCCGGGGACGGACUUGAAAACGAAGCAGAACAAAGACCCGUGGCCCAUGGAUGGGCGGUUCAACCUCGAGUAG